GCGGCCCGGCCGGGCGCUGCGGGGUGCGGAGGGCGGCCGGCAGAUGGGCUGAGCGCGCCGCCAGGAUGUUCAGCUUCGAGGGCGACUUCAAGACGCGCCCCAAGGUGUCCCUGGGCGGGGCGAGCCGGAAGGAAGAAAAGGCUUCUCUCUUACAUCGAACUCAGGAAGAAAGAAGGAAGAGAGAGGAAGAACGUCGCAGGCUAAAGAAUGCGAUAAUCAUCCAGUCAUUCAUCCGUGGUUACAGAGACCGGAAGCAACAGUUCUCUGUCCAGAGAGACGCCUUUGACCGGGCCGCCAGCCUGAUCCAGUCCACGGGCCCUGUCCCUCUGGCACAUUUGCCCACGCUGGCCCUGCUGGUGCGGCAGCUCCUGUUCUUCUACAAGCAGAGUGAGGACUCGAAGCGUCUGAUCUGGAUGUGCCAGAACCUGAUCAAGCACAGUGCCCUGUUUGUACAGCGACUGGCUGGCCCUGAGCACCUCACCUGCCUAUACCAGAUCAAGCGACUCCUGGGCCUCUGCUGCAGUUUGCUGCAGGAGUGUGGAGAUGAAGGGCCGAGUGCGGCACUGCCCCUGCGCAUGCUUGAGGUCUUCUCUUCCAAGGCCACUUACCUGCCUGCCCUGCAGGACGUUGCCUGUGUGCUGCCUGUCAUCGAGCAGGUCUUGCAUUCCAUGGUGCAGAACGGGUAUUACAGGGCUCUGUAUCUGUUAAUCCACAGCAAGCUCCCACCGAGUAUUGAAUAUUCUGACUUGUCUCGAGUGCCUGUAGCCAAAGCCCUGCUGGAGAAUCUCCUGAAGCCGCUGCACUUCACUUACAGCUCCUGCCCCAAGGCGGCCAGGCAGCAGGUUUUCUCAGCCUUCACAGAGGAGUUCCUGACGGCACCUUUCACGGACCGGCUGUUUCAUUUUGUCAUCCCCGCCUUGGCCGAUGCGCAGACUGGCUUCCCUUAUGAGCCCUUCCUGAGCGCGCUCCUCGCAGACCACCAGGGCACCAGGGCCAGUGCUGCUGUACCCUGGGUCCUCUACUUCGUGCUUACUGUGGGCGAGAACCACUUGGGGAGCCUCUCUGAGGAAGGACUGCUGGUGUACCUGAGAGUGCUCCAGGCCUUUCUCUCGCAGCUGCCAGUGACACCUGCCAGCGCCAGCUAUCAGGAUUCCCCCAGUGACUCGGAAGAUGAGAGUGAAGAGGCCCAGCAGCAAACCAGUGUCCCUGAUGGUGGCCGGCUCACAGUGGCCUACAUCUCUGAGGAGUGCCUGAAGAAGCUGGACACCAAGCAGCAGACCAACACGCUGCUUACCCUGGGCUGGAGGGACUCGGCUGGUGAGGAGGCCUUCACGCUCAUGGCGUCCAUCUGCCACACACUCAUGGUGCAGCACCGCAUGAUGGUGCCCAGAGUAAGGGUUCUGUACAGUCUGGCUUUCAAUGCCCGGUUCCUGAGACACCUUUGGUUCCUCAUAUCAUCUAUGACCACACGGAUGAUCACAGGGUCCAUGGUGCCAUUGCUUCAGGUGAUAUCCAGGGGUUCUCCGAUGUCUUUUGAAGAUUCUAGUCGGAUCAUCCCCCUCUUCUACCUUUUUAGCUCCUUGUUUAGUCACUCGCUCAUCUCCAUCCAUGAUAACGAAUUCUUUGGGGACCCCAUAGAAGGUCAGAGACAAUCCUCAGCGAUGCCUUUUACUCUCGAAGAACUGGUGAUGCUGUCCCGCUGCCUUCGGGAUGCCUGCCUAGGGAUCAUCAAGCUGGCUUAUCCUGAAACAAAACCCGAAGUCCGGGAGGAGUAUAUCCUUGCCUUUCAGAGUAUUGGUGUGACCACUAGUUCCGAGAUGCAGCGGUGCAUCCAGAUGGAGCAGAAGCGGUGGAUUCAGUUGUUCAAGGUCAUCACGAACCUGGUGAAAAUGCUGAAGGCCAGAGACACACGGAGAAGCUUCUGUCCCCCGAACCACUGGUUGUCGGAGCAAGAAGAUAUCCGAGCCGAUAAGGUUACCCAGCUCUACGUGCCAGCUUCAAGACAUGUGUGGCGCUUCCGGCGGAUGGGCCGUAUCGGGCCCCUGCAGUCCACCCUGGAUGUGGGCUUGGACUCGCCACCGCUCUCAGUGUCCGAGGAGCGGCAGCUCGCCAUCCUGACGGAGCUGCCCUUCGUGGUUCCCUUUGAGGAGCGAGUCAAGAUCUUUCAAAGGUUGAUUUAUGCAGAUAAACAAGACGUACAAGGAGAGGGCCCGUUUCUGGACGGCAUUAAUGUCACGAUAAGAAGAAACUACAUUUAUGAGGACGCCUAUGACAAGCUGUCUCCAGAGAACGAGCCCGACCUUAAGAAGCGGAUCCGAGUCCACCUCCUCAAUGCCCAUGGGCUGGAUGAGGCGGGCAUUGACGGCGGAGGCAUCUUCCGCGAGUUCCUGAGCGAGCUGCUCAAGUCGGGUUUCAACCCCAACCAGGGCUUCUUCAAGACCACCAAUGAAGGGCUGCUGUAUCCCAACCCGGCGGCCCAGAUGCUCGUGGGGGACUCAUUCGCCCGCCACUACUACUUCCUGGGCAGGAUGCUCGGAAAGGCCCUGUAUGAGAACAUGCUGGUGGAGCUGCCCUUCGCCGGUUUCUUCCUGUCCAAACUGCUGGGCACCAGUGCUGACGUGGACAUCCACCAUCUGGCCUCACUGGACCCUGAGGUCUACCGCAACCUGCUUUUCCUCAAGAGCUACGAGGGUGAUGUGGACGAGCUGGGCCUCAACUUCACUGUGGUGAACAACGAGCUGGGGGAGGCCCAGGUGGUAGAGCUGAAGGCAGGCGGGAAGGACAUCCCGGUGAGCAGUGCCAACCGCAUCGCCUACAUCCACUUGGUGGCCGACUACAGGCUCAACCGACAGAUCCGCCCACACUGCCUGGCCUUCCGCCAGGGCCUGGCCAACGUCGUGAGCCUGGAGUGGCUGCGCAUGUUUGACCAGCAGGAGAUCCAGGUGCUGAUUUCUGGUGCACAAGUCCCCAUCAGCCUGGAGGACCUGAAAUCCUUCACCAACUACUCAGGGGGCUACUCAGCCGAGCACCCAGUCAUCAAAGUGUUCUGGAGGGUCGUGGAGGGCUUCACAGAUGCUGAGAAGCGCAAACUGCUCAAGUUCGUCACCAGCUGCUCGCGGCCCCCGCUCCUGGGCUUCAAGGAGUUGUACCCUGCCUUCUGCAUCCACAAUGGGGGCCCCGACCUUGAGCGGCUGCCCACCGCCAGCACCUGCAUGAACCUGCUGAAACUGCCCGAGUUCUCCGAUGAGGCCCUGCUGCGGAGCAAACUACUCUAUGCCAUCGAGUGCGCUGCCGGCUUUGAGCUGAGCUGAACCAAUCCAGCUGCCCUGCCUGCCCUGUAGCCAUCGCCAGGAGCCUUGGCACUGCCCUGACAAGCUGGACAGGAACCAAAGAGGGAGUGGGGCUGUGCCCCGGGGUCACACUCCUUGGAGGCUCCAGCCCAGGCCAGUGUCUUGCUGCCUUUCCUAGGCAGGUGCCCUGGGUCCAGGCCGCAGGACCCUGCAUCUCGUGAGGAGCACGGCUCUGGGGCUGUGUCCCGAUCUCUGCUCACUCCCUGCGCUCUCCCGCACCAGGCCAGGCAGCUUUGGUGAGGGGGGGAAGUUCCCACUGCAGCACCUGACCUCGGCUCAGGGUCUGAACCAAAACCCAGGCUACCCUCCCCAGCCUCCUGGGCCACCCCUUCUGCCCACUGCUGCAGGGAAGACGGGGUCCCCACCCCAACUGCACUUUAUCUGGGAGCCUCUGGGUGCAGCCUCUGAGCAGAACUUUCAGGGGUGGCCAGCUGCUCCCCUCUGCAGGAUGGGGCAGGGCCCAGCUUUCCCUCACCCCGUGUACUUGGAUACACCGAUGCCCCUCACCCACUCCUAUCCCAUGCGCCCAUGCAGUGCCUGACGGAGCAGCACUAGCAAUAGACCCUUCCAUGUGGGCCAAAUGAUGGAAGACAAUGACCAUUAUCAAAACAAAACGUCUAAUUUCUUAACUUGAAUAAUAAAGUCCGUGUUUCCUGCUAUUUGUAGAUCACGGGAACAGCC